CGGCUCUCAGCAAAGCAACAAGAAGGAAGAGCAAUGGCGACACUGGAUCGCCAAAUACCAAGUCUGGAUACCUUCCUUUGCGAGCCUUGGUCUUCCUUCGUCAGUGCGGCUAAAUUACGUUUUGUUGACAACGCAGACUCGAGAGACGAAGAGCUUUACUGCCUCGGCGAAGCCCUGAAGCUCAGCAAAGAAGAGAUGCUUGUCUACAGCCAGUUUCCAGCACUGGGGGAUUUUUGUCUUGAUGUCUGCAAUCAGGUGGUCACUCCUCAGGGCAUCCUCACACACUAUGGUAGCAGGGGUGUAGUUUUCCUGUGAGACAGUCAAAGAGAGACACACUCCUGGACCACACCCCCCCAUUCCCUCCCCACCCUUCUCCCACAAAGACAUGCAUAGCAAAAACCAGAAGCGCCACGUCUCCCCUGUCCCCUCCAGGAGCCCCGUGGCCCCAAUGAAGCCCAAAGCACCUGCAGUGGCCCCGGCUGUGACUCCCAGUCCUGGGGACACACUGGCCUUCAGGGUCCCUAAAGAUUAUCCUCACUCCCGCUUCAGCAAGGCUCCACUUGCUGUCUACCCACCAAAGGGGGCACGGAACAAGACUUGUGUUUCCCUUCCAGUUGUGAGCCUGGAGAAGAUGCCUUGCCUCAACCGAGCCGGCUCAGCGUCACAUGUACGCAUCACCUCCUCCUCCCCUUCCUCCCUCAAACCUCAAUCCCUCACUCCCCCAGCCUCCCAACGGUCCAGCGAGAAGCUCACUAACGGUCGCGGCACCAGCGGUCCAUCCACGCCACGCUCCACCACGUCUCCAUCCUCUCUGGACGGGCGGCCCAGUCCGGCACGCUCUCCGCUUGACCGACGACCGCCGUCUACACCUUCUCCUUCCACGCUGGACCGGAAACCCUCCCCGUCGCCUUCCCCUUCUCACCGAGCUGGUGCUUUGCUGCCGUCGUCGCCAUUGCAGAAGAAGCAGCAAAAUGGAACUAAGACUUCCUCCAGGUCACAGAAAAGACUCUCAGGGAGAGUGUUUGAUCCUAACAAGCACUGUGGAGUUCAGGACCCCGAGACUAAACGACCCUGCACGCGGUCUCUCACCUGCAAGACUCACUCUUUAACCCACCGGCGAGCCGUCCCGGGCCGGAGGAAACAUUUCGACAUCCUCCUGGCUGAACACAAGGGGCGAGCGAAGGAGAAGGAGAAAGACAGGGAUGCAACGCUGGGAGGAAAGGAAGGCAGCAGCCAGAGUAUAACAUCACAAGAGACCCCAUGUCCCAGCAAGCCUCAAUGCCAAAAUGGACGAUCCCUGUCCACACUGAAGCUAAGGCUGGCAAAUGCACAUAUACCCAGGGUUCCAGGCUCCUCCUCCUCCACCUCCAGUCCUCUGCCCUCAGCACCAGCUCCUGCCCCGGCCCCUAACCCAGAGCCGUCUCCCCACAGUUGGGUGACAGCAGCAGGUGACGGCAGUCGACUUUCCAGUGAUGAGGGAGACGCAGAGACUCAAGAGGACACUGACAGACCUGCCUUUCGCUAUUCCAGUCACCACCCACAGCCUUUAGGGUUUUGCAUGUUCAGCAGUAGGCUCAUGGGACGGGGCCACUAUGUGUUCGACAGGCGAUGGGACAGGAUGAGGCUGGCGCUACAGAACAUGGUGGAGAAACACCUUAACGCACAGAUGUGGAGGAAGGUGCCUCUGGCUGCUGAGAGCCUCCUCUCCUCCUCUGGUACCUCCCCCGUCUCCUCCGUCACGUCGCCUCUGCUCUCCUCCCCCUCCAACUCCCUAUCCUACACAGCCACAUUUUCUCAGUCUGCAUCGAUGGCCGGGGUGUUCAGCAUUCGAGACGCUGCGCAGCCCAUUGGCCAAGUUUCCACACCGGGUAAAGCCCGUAACGGCACGCAUAAAGCCAGCCGCCCAUCCAAAGACAUAGAGGACUCUGUGGGAUCUAAGAAGAGAAAAAACUCUCCCUACUCCUCCUCAACAUCCUUUCCUCCUUCUUCUUCUUCCUUGUUUCCCACUGUGGAUAAUCAUAAGAGGAACGGCAGUAGCUAUCAUCCAAUAUUACAAAGUUCGGGGGGGAUAUCAGCAACAACUCCAGCCAGGAAAAAGGGACUUGGACGUGGGGGAAGCACACUUUGGAGCAGCAGAGACGACUGGCUAUCCAGAGCAGAAGGAUCUCAAAGCCACAGCUCACAGAACAGUCGGGAACUUGGCACAACCAGUAUACCCCACUCACCCAACAGGGAGCCUGCCUCCUCCCCCCAUCAGCCCCUGGCCCCCCCCUCCGGACCUUUGGCUUAUGGGGGAGGAGCAGAAGGGAGGAAGAGGAGGAGUCCCAGCUCUUACAGAGGGAAGGCCAGCAAGCUGAGCAGGCCAGGCGGGUUGGAGAGCCUCUGUGGCAGUGGGAGCGACAGCGGGGGAAUACUGGCUUCAGGGCCCGAAUCCCCAAGACAAGUGAUGGACCAGCUGCCAUGGAGAUAGCCCAGCUGUCAUCACAUGGCCUAGGCCAAGUUGCAUCACUGACAGAAACCUGUUUCAUGGACUGAAUGUUGGGCAGCUGUGCAGGCCACUACCGUUUGUGACCUUUGACCUCACUGCUCUUCCACUGAGAGCGCCAAUCAGACUGCUUCAUCUCGGUGAUGUCACCCCUAUUUACCCAGUGACAGUUCAGUACACCCACUGUGACAUUGGGGCUCUGGAGUCUUUACCCCCAGCCGGCUGGCAGUCAAUUCCGCUGUCCAUCUCCGUAUUACGGAAAAGCUUCCGAUGGAAAGCUGCUGUGCAUCACUGUGGCCGCGGUCUGUUCAGAACAAGACAGUGGAAUCCAAAAACUCAUCCUCUGAAAAAAGGGAAUUUGCCUCGCACAGUUUUCAAGGAAUUGUCAAUAACAUCACCACUGUAACAUUUUUGGGGAGACAAUGUUUUUCACAACCAGGUGAUUUUCUGGUUGUUGUGACCAUUUUCCUGGUUGCUGUAUCCUGUCAGCUGACAAGGAAAGAGGUCCCUGAUUGUUUUUUGGGAGUUAGAUGGUUGAAGGACCUACGGACACGACUACUGUAGGACUCAGCCUUUGGCUAUGCCACCUCAACUGCCCCAUCCCACUCCCAUUUUCUGUCUUUCUCUUGAUUUUUGCUUUUCCUCUUCCUCAAAGAUGGAAGGGACAACAGCAGUUGUAGUUGGGUUUUAUCCAGCCUUUUCUCCUCUUUUAACCUCCUCCUUUUUCUUUAUUACUCUCUGUCUUUCUUUACUACGCUUUAUAUCAAACAACUUCUCCACAAUUCUCUUUUUUCCUUUACCCCCCCCCCCCCGCCCCCCAAUCCAUCCCAGCAUGCCUGUGUUCAAAGUGCACUUACUGCCCUCACUUCCCCUUGCUUCCCUCUUCACUGACUCCAGAGCAGUCUCCAGCAGUGCCACACGAGGACCUGUUUGCACAAGGGAAGAAAGUCGCCUGUGUUACGCCGCCGCGUCAAUGCAUUUUAUUUCAAUAUAGGAAGAAAUCAGAUUUUAUUUUGAAGAAGUUUUUUCUUCAUUCUGGUUUUAAAUGUUGCAAGAAACACAAACUCCUGUCUGUGUGUCAGGACUUGCAUCCAAAAAGGAAUUAUUACUACGGAGUUGGAUCGUUUUGUUUAUUUGUUUUUUGUAUAAUAAUUUAUCGUUUUUAAAUGAUGUUUGUUUUCUAACUGACCAUCAAGGUUUGAGCUACAGUGACUUUUUGAGCAAAAGAUAGAUUUCUAUGGUAUCUUGAAGAAAUGUUGAAAGUAUUAUGAUUGUUCAUAAUGUUGAAAAUGUGUACAUAUGUGUUAGUAUUUUUGUAUUUAUUAAUAAUUGUCCCCUUUUACUAAAUAUGAGCUGAAGAGAGGGAGCAUUUUGCCCUUCUAGCUUGGUCCAUGUUAAAUAAUAUUGAUGAGAUUGGCCUGGUUUCUCAAAAUCUUCAAGAAUUUGUUCAUUACCAUGUUUUUUUGAAAAUGAAUAUGUAUUUGUGGCCAGUUCUGCUCAAGUUGUGGUCAAUUCAAAAAAUGUUUUUAUUCAGGCCUGUUCUAAUAACUACUAACUAGUUAAGUCUGGCUAAUUAUGUUGCCUAAAAAUAUCUUGACUCAAGGAACGCUUGCAUAGCUUUCAACCCCAUCUCACCAUAAACGUCCAUAAAAGUUACUAAUUGUAGAGUAUGUACUAUUUACUAAUCAUUAUAGUGUACUUUUUUUUGCAGUUGGUAUACAAGAAACAGCUAUUUUAACAGUUUAAAGAGGAAAUUACACAAUAUAUCCACCUACAGAUGGGAAGCUACAAGCUUAAUAGUGUUUUUUGUUUAUGUUGCUACAUCUUUCUGGCAGUGUGAGCAUAUUACAUACUCAAACCUGUACAGAAUUAGCGUGUAGUUUGAAAUUGGGACUGAGCAACAGCCGUCAUCAGCAGAUGGAGUUUACUCAGUUGCCAUGGAGAUGGCUCAGGUGUCAUCACAUGACCAAAGUACUUUAAUGAACCUCGAUCAUCACUUUGUCAAGACGUCCUCCUCUUUAGAUCUUGUCAAACCUAGGAGGGGAUGGUACAGAAUAUCAGUUGACCAGUAUUUCUCUUCACAUUUCUAAUAGAUCUGCGCCCGGCAGCACAAUUCAUCUCUGGCUAAUGAACAAAGGUUAAUUUUGUGAAACCAGGCCCUGGUUAGUAUUUUCAUAUAAAGGGCCCCACAUUCCUGUUUGCCUGUGGUUCCACCCUUUUUCAUACUUCUUCCAAUGUUCAAAACUAUUGCUAUAUUUUUUCCAGUCAGGUGUAGUCUCUGUUGUGUAUGUAAAAUCAAAGCCAGGUCAAAAUGCCUUCACUUAUCAGCUUACACCCAUCAGUGGCUCACUGCACUGGAAAUGCAGCAUAGCCAUUCCUGUGAGCCUUUAAUAAUAUAAUUGUCUACAAGAUGCACACAUACAGCAACAGGUGUACCAAACUAGUGCUGAUUGGAGCGACAACAUUGAAAGGGGAAAUUCAUGAUUAAAAUUCAAUCACAGCAUAUGUUUUCUGUUGCAGCUCAUUGCCACAACUUCACGUCCAAAGUGACACAAACAUGGUUGGAGGUACAAGGAAAAUGCUGAAAUCAUAAAAUGUGGGGCGAUUUCUUUGCUUAAAUCGCAAUGCCAUAAUAUGUCAAAAAACCAAAUGGUAAAGACCUUCAAACUGUCUGAAACGUACCCUGUGUAUUCAUCCAGUGUUGCUGAUGAAGCUAAAAUAACUGAAAGCAUUUUGAUUUGCUUGAUGGCAGAGAGAAGCCGCUCCCACCUGGUACUUGCCAACUGCUUCAGUGGACAGACCUAGGAUUGGUUUGUUUUGGGGUUUGUUUGUUUUGUUCUGUUUUGGUCUCUAAAGCAUCUGAGCACUAACAAUGAAUGAAUUGUACAUAAUCAUUUGUAUUUGUGUUGUGCUUUUCCCAAGUGCUUCCCCUGAUGACACUUUAUUCAUCAGUGUGUGAGAUUGUGUAGCAGUUUAGUGAUACGGGCUCAGUGGUUUUCAUUUGACUGUAGAUACACAUGGUUUAUUGGUUAACUGGUUAACAUGCCUACAGUUACAUUAUAAACUUUUUCCACUAUGUUCUCUGUUUAACGCAACAUACCAACAGAUGUACUAGUGUAUAGAUGUUUUAUGUGGGUUUAAUGGCUGAAAACCAUGGUUGUGGCGGGAAUCUAUGUUGAGGUGACAAGAUGUAUUUUCCACUGAGUGUCCUCUCACAUGUAUCUACAAAUGAAAGAUAACUUAGCGCUAUGAUGUUUUUGGGCAAUGCCACCCUGGCUCACUGUUUAUAGAAAUGGGAAGUUAGUCUGUUGCAGCUAAAAUUAAGACAAAGCUCAUGGAUGUUGAUGUCAGAGUUGUAUAUUGGCUUGAAGUUUAUGGAGGUAUUUAACAGUUGUUGUUUUUUUUUAAACCCUCCUUUCUUUUUUUGCACUUUGUCAUAAUGCCCAGAUUUUUAAUCAACUUCUAUUUAUAUAAAUAUCUGAAAUAUAAAAAAAAUCUACAUCUAUAUAUUUGUAAAAGUGUUUCUGGCAACUACAGUAAUAGAAGAUGAAGAGUAUAUUCAUGGUGAAUGGGCCCCUAAACCAGCAGACUGUGUUUUUGCUGAUCCACGCUGGUGGUGAAUGUUGAAUUUCUGAAAAUGCCUUGUUAGACUUGGGGUUGAUUCACUCUCACUGCAGUUGGUUCAGAAAAUGUAUUUCACAUCAAAACAACUGAACGCUUGCUGGAAAAAAAAGGUCUUAUAUCUAAGCUUUUAUUAAAUGAUUGAAAGUG